UCCAGCUCCUCUGUUGCUCAGACAUGAGGAGCAACAACAGCCUGAAUCCUCUCUACUUUCAGUUCACAGUGUUUACAGACCAGGGGCCUCUCAGAUAUCUGUCCUUCUGUCUGUGUCUGGUAACAUACAUGAUUAUAAUCUGUUCUAACGCCGUCAUUAUUCUGUCAGUGUGUGUGGAGAAGUCUCUGCAUCAGCCCAUGUAUAUAUUUAUCUGCUGUCUGUCUGUGAACUCUCUGUACGGCUCAGCUGCCUUCUUCCCCAGGUUUCUGAUGGACAUACUGUCUGACACUCAUUUCAUCUCACGUCCGUUCUGUUUCAUUCAGAUCUAUGUUAUUUACACCUAUUUAACAUUUGAGCUGACUAUUCUGACUGUCAUGGCCUAUGACAGAUUUGUUGCCAUUUGCCAGCCUUUACACUAUCACAGUAAAAUGAGUUUUAGGACGGUGAUACAGCUUCUGAUUUUUGCUGUGCUCUACCCUGUGUUUGCAUUAGGCCUCUGUCUCUAUCUGGCUGUUCGACUGCCUCUGUGUGGAAAUAAAGUGCACAGGGUUUUCUGCUCUAACUGGUCUGUGGUUCGGCUUUCCUGUGUGGACACGACUGCAAACAGCAUAAUAGGUCGUAUCCUCGCUGUAGCAACCAUCUUUAUCCCCCUGACGUUUGUCCUGUACACCUACCUGCGCAUUCUGCUCGUCUGCAGGAGGAGCUCGUCUGAGUUCAGAGGAAAGGCGUUACAGACCUGCCUCCCUCACAUCGUCACGUUUGUGACCUUUUGUUUCUCUGUCCUCUGUGAACUGUCACUGAGUCGUUUGGAGGUCGAUGAAGUCGAUCCGUUUGUCAUUGUCGUCUUAUGCUUGGAGUUUCUGAUCAUUCCUCCCCUCAACAACCCUCUGGUUUACGGCCUGAUUCUGCCUCAGAUCAGAGAAGUGAUUUAUAGAUGUUUGAAAAUUUACAGAAAGAUUCCUGCUGUGUAA